UUCACCGUUUCUAUGGUGAUCGUAAAUGUCGUAAUAUCGAUCUGUCAAAGAAACAUUAGGUCCAUAAAGUUAUGUGAUUUUAAUACUAUACCGUGUUUGUGGUUUGAGGCUUGUGUAACUGGAAUCAAAAUGAUGGACGAAGAAGAAGAAAUUCAAGUUCCGAUCAAUAACGAUUUGGAGAGAAGAAUCGCCGAAGCGUUCGAGGUGUUCGACCAUGCCGGAAACAAAAGCAUCGACGUACGAGAAAUAUCGACGAUCAUCAGAGGAUUGGGAUGCUGCCCCUCGGAGGCGGAAAUUCAAGAGAUCAUCGUAGCCGUGGAGAACCCCCAGACGCCGGGAAGCGCUCACCUAUCAAAAUUUUUACCUUACGUGUCGCAAAUCAUUACCGAACAUAAAUACCAACCUGCUAGUCCCGAACAGCUUCUAGAAGCAUUCCACACUCUAGACCCCGAGGGCCACGGAUUUUUAACAAAGGACCAAAUUUCGACGUUGAUGAGUCAAGAUGGCGAACCGUUCACCCAAGAAGAACUCGAUGAAAUGCUCGAAAUUGCCAUUGAUCCUCAUACUCAAACAGUUCCUUACGAAUAUUACAUUAAUCAACUUAUGAUCGACUGAACAAACAGCUAAAUACAUAUAGGAUUAAUCCUGUCCGGUGGUUCAAACAUAACUCUUUAUGAAUUUAGGAUAUUCAAGAAACACUUCAUUGUGGCAUUCACUAAACAGUUUUACAAAAACGCAACACAUAUUUUGCAAUGCAAAAGCUUCUUCGGGCAUGUCUAUAUAGUCUAGUAUAGACACGCCUAAAGAAGCAGUGUAUUCAUAAUUUAAAAUUAUGUUGAAAUUCUUGAAGAAAAGUAAUCAGUGUAAAACUUACAAUAUGAUUCAGUCCUUCUUGUACGGAAUGAUCCCUGGAAAAGACGAGGCUUGCUUUGGUACUUUGAACUGCUACAGGACUUUUCUUUGCAAUGCUUUCAGCAAUGCCUUCCACAGCGUUUACCAUCCUAAGAAAUAAACAUAUUUUUUGAA